CCCAAAUUAAGCGCCUCCGUUUUGAGGCUUGCCCCCCCUUCUCCUUUCCUUAGAAAAUUGCAAAAGGCUCUGCCUUCCCCCCGCCACCCCAAAUUAGGUCUUCUCCCCCUUUCUUGGUUUUCCCCCCCCUCCUUCUGCCCCAGAUUUCCUCUGCUAGAAAUUGGUGGGGGUUCACCAAAUCCUUCCCCCCCCACACGUUUAAAUAAGAGGUCAUAUAGACGUUUCACAGCCUCCCCCCCAUGUCACCCCCUCAGAAAGGUCUCCCUCCCCCUUUCUCUUUAACUUAUCCUGGCAAAGUUUCUCUUUCUGCCCAACCUAAUUCCUCCCCCACCCAACCCAGAGUGAUUUGAUAACCUCCUCCCCUAUCUUGCUGAAUCCCUUUUCUGUCUCUUGAAUACUCCGUCCACAAUCCCUUUUUUAAUUUUUUUUUUAAUUUUUGGGGGGGUUUCUGGCAUCCCUGACCUGUUGAACCUUCAAUCGGUUACUUUCCUCCAUUUUGACAGAUACACCUUGGUGUCCCUGCCUUUUUUUCCCCGGGAGAGGCAGUUCUGCAGACAGUUUUUUCUCUCUCUCUCUCUUUUCUCCUGGCAGCUGCUUCUUCUCAUCCUAUUUGUCUUCCCUAACCCUGAAGCAUUUUUAGGUCCUAUUCGAGGUACGCCUUCCUAUCGUCGGGGACCCUUAUAGGGGAUUUGGUUAGUUUGCCCUUCUGUUCAACUCUUGCUGAGCGACUGACCCUUUCUUAGUUGUUUCCAAAUUGGUGCAUCUUUCAUGUCAAUCCCCUUUAAGGACUAUUUUUUCUUCUAAUUCAGACUAUGGGUUACUUUGUUGUGGGAUAGUUGUUGUUUUUUCCCCUUCCCUGGGCCAGUUUGGGAGGUGAAUUCAUUGCUUAAGUGCUUUCUCCUAUCGGCAAGACUUGGUUAGUAUCUUGAAAUUAAAUUUAUAUGUGGGAAACUGGAGUCAAACUCUUCUAAGAGAAGACUGCGAGAGAAGCCUCUGAAAGCAGCCCUGUCGACCCUCUGCACACCUUCACCAACUCAGGAUGUCAGAGAAUCAGCCCAACAACACCCAUCAUCCACUGAACAAUAAUGGGGUGGGCGGGGCCCCUGCUGGCAAUAACCGAGGGGUCCGCAAUCUCAACCAGAACCCUCUCAUCAAUGUUCGGGAUCGCCUCUUCCAUGCCCUUUUCUUCAAAAUGGCUGUCACCUAUGCCCGCCUCUUCCCACCGUCUUUCCGUCGCAUCUUUGAAUUCUUCAUACUCCUUAAGGCUCUCUUUGUCCUCUUCAUUCUGGCAUACAUUCACAUCACCUUCUCCCGUUCCCCCAUCAACUGCCUGGAACACGUCCGGGAUAAAUGGCCACGGGACGGCAUCCUACGAGUUGAGAUCCAGCGCAAUUCCAGCCGUAACCCCGUUUUUCUCCAGUUCUGCGAGAGUGAGAGGUUUCCAGGCAUGGUGAUUGAGCCUGCUGUUGGGGAGGAGGAGGAAGAGGAAGAGGAAGAAGAAAUGACCGUGGAGAUGUUUCAGAACAGCUCCAUCAAGUUUGAUCUGGAUAUUGAACCGAAGAUCUUCCACAAGGCAACUCGGCUGAGUAAUGCCCACGUUUUGUCUCCCAACGAAAGCCAAGAAUUCUCCUUCGGCAGCGAGCCAACCUCUAAAGGUAUGCAGCCUCUCAGCGAGACUGUGUCCGAAUUUGAGAUGCUAGCCAAAGCAGUGUGGCCGCAGGAAGAAUACAUUGUGGAAUAUUCCUUUGAGUACGGAUUCCUCCGAUUAUCCCAAAGCACCCGUCAACGUCUGAGCAUUCCCGUCAUGGUGGUGACUCUGGAUCCCACCCGGGACCAGUGCUUUGGAGACAGGUUCAGCCGUCUCUUAUUGGAUGAAUUCCUAGGAUACGACGACAUUCUCAUGUCCAGUGUGAAAGCCUUGGCUGAAAAUGAAGAGAAUAAAGGUUUCCUUCGCAAUGUGGUAUCCGGGGAACACUAUCGUUUCAUCAGCAUGUGGAUGGCCAGGACUUCCUACGUUGCAGCCUUCGUCAUCAUGGUGAUCUUUACCCUAUCUGUUUCCAUGCUGUUGCGUUACUCCCAUCACCAAAUCUUCGUUUUUAUCGUGGACCUGUUACAGAUGCUGGAAAUGAACAUGACAAUUGCCUUCCCCGCAGCUCCUUUGCUGACCGUCAUCUUGGCUUUAGUAGGCAUGGAGGCCAUCAUGUCCGAGUUCUUCAAUGACACCACCACGGCCUUCUAUAUCAUCCUCAUUGUGUGGUUGGCAGACCAAUACGAUGCAAUUUGCUGCCACACCAACACAAGCAAGAGGCACUGGUUGAGGUUUUUCUACUUGUACCACUUUGCCUUUUAUGCCUACCAUUAUCGUUUCAAUGGGCAAUAUAGCAGUUUAGCCUUGGUAACUUCGUGGCUUUUCAUACAGCAUUCCAUGAUCUACUUUUUCCACCAUUACGAGUUGCCAGCCAUCCUCCAACAGAUCCGGAUCCAGGAGAUGUUGCUCCAGAACCAGCAGGUGGGAACCCAGACCGCUCUCCAGGACAACCUCAAUAACAACACGACCGUCGCGGCAACCAAUUCAGCCGACCAGCAGCCCCACCUGGACGCCAGCCCGGCUGGGGCAGGAGAUGGCUCCCUGGCUUCUGGGGAAGACCACAGUCCCCUGGCCUCCAGCCCUGGCAUCUCCCUCGGGAAUGACUUGAAUUGGGUGGCCGAGACAGCAGCUGUCAUCACAGAAGCCUCCUUUCUCUCCAACCUAGGCGGUUCCUUUUUGGACUCCAGGGCCACUCCAGCAGUUGUAACCAGUGAUGGGAGUUUGCAGGAUCUGGAGCCUGCUUCGAACAUGGUGACCCAAAGUUUGGUUAGUAGCGACCGUACGGAAGUGGGCUCCGUCACUCUUGAGAGCACGUCCACCAUUGGGACUUCUGUGACCAAUAUACCUCCUCCCGUCACGGCCCAUCCAGAGCUGGAAGAUACUCCCCAGCCAUCAGAGAAUUCAGCAGGCCGAGCUGAGCCUCUGAAGACAGACUCCUCGCAAGGUUUGGCUUUAAGGGGAUUCUUGAGUCAGGCCUCUGAAGGGCAUGCCCAGAAGGAUCCCACACCGCUUUCCCCAGAGAAUAGGAUCUCCUGAUCCCACGAAGCCGCUGCUUCUCCCAAACUCCUUAACUCCGUUAGGAGACUGGAUGGCUUUCCGAUUGCAUAAAUUUGUUUUCCGUACCAAAUUCCUCUUUUUGCAGAAGAAAGAGGCAGAGCUAGAAUGUAAAAUGAAGAGCAAGUCAUCUUUUUUCUCCCGCCUUCCAAGUACCAGGAAAGAAAGAAAAAGAAAGAAAGAUAGGAAGGAAGGAAGGAAGGAAGGAAGAAAGAAAAGCUGAAUAAAAAGAAGGGGAAGCGAUUGUAGAUGUCGGUCCCUGCGUCGGAAUCGAAUCUUUUCGAAAGAAGCGGUUUCUGCAUCUUUCUCGGUGAAUGGCGUUAAGCCCCAAUUUCUCGUCUCCGCCCCCCCACCCUCCAUUUCCCAGACUGCAUGGAAUCAUGGGACUCCCUCUGGGGAUCUGCGGGAGAUCUUACUUUGCAUUUAGAUCCUUGUGUUUGCAUUCAGUUUUGUCCAAAAGGGUGCUUAGAAACACCCGGGGGGGGGGGGGGGGG